AUGGAAUCCGUCCGCGUCAUCCAGCCUACUUUCCUGGUUACCCCGACUGACGCAAAGGCCAAUCUCGACAGGAUCUCCGAGCUUGUUCGUUACUGCCACAACGUCUUCAUCCAGAGCGGCGAAGCCCCCUACGCACCAGUCAUCGUCGCCUGCAACCGAGAGACGCAUAAGGCCCUCCUCAUCAACACCAAGGUCUUUGAUCCCUGCAUUGUCCCCGUCAGCACCCUAGACGCAACAAUCAACGUCACCAUCUGA